GUCAUUAACCCAAAGGUUUAGGUCCUCCUACGCUGAAGCCAAGUCAUCGUUGGGAAGCCGUACUACACACUCCAAAGAGGAUUAAAGCCUAGACCUUUUGAAAGACUAAAACACGUUGCUGCAAAAGAUAGAGACAACUAACUUGUGAAAAGAGCAAGAUGAACUGGUUUGGAGCUGGUGCAAAGGUCAAUAACUACGUCCCAAGUCUUGGCAACCCUUCAGUCAAGUACAAUGACAUCGACUACAACUUUGACAACAACCCAGAGGCAGACUACCUGCUAGCCAAUAUGACUCCUUUCAAGCAUUAUAACAACCAGCUGUACAGCAACAACUACAAUGGAAGUACAUGUGAUACCUGGACGCGUCAGAAUCCACUGUAUAUGCUUUCUGGAGAUGAUUUGAUUUAUACGGCUAGAGGAUCAGAUCAUGAGCUUCUCAUGAGGUACCUAAAUGAUGGCAGCUUGGACUCGUCAAGACAAUCUUUUGAUGAAUCCGCACUAAAUUACCUUUUUAUAGAUCAACUGGUCGAUAGUAAUCUCUCGUAUAGCAUGGAAAACAUCCAUCUAGAUGAAUACUCUGCAGAUUUUUACCAAUAUCCAUACAUCCCCGAUCAAGAACCAGGAAGAGUACAAAAGUCCAAUUCAUCGUAUUCGAACAAGCUACAAGAGAAUAAAUCGGAAAGGUAUGAGCCACAAUAUAUUUUGGAGGGAACUGGAACAAUUUUGAAAAUCGUAGAAGCCCUUGAGCUUUGGCUUAGAAACACUAGCGCCGAGAAUAAUAAUUUCAGAAUGAAAAAGCAAUUUACCAAAAACGACAAUUUUGUAGUUGUGAUUAAAAAGCAGUAA